AUGUCUGGUCAAAGAACAUCUACUCAUAUAGCAUGCCAAUUAGAGUUAGAAUUAGAGGAAGAAAAUUUAACUGAACCAGUAUAUACUACUAUUCAAGUUGGUAAUGCUUUUACACAACUUGAAGACCAACUGAUAGCCAAUGAAAUAAAAGAAAGUCAAGAAGAAAACCAGAAAAUAACUAUUCCUAUUACAAAAGAUAAAUCAACUUUUAUUGGCUAUACUCUUGAUAACCAACAACAACAAACUAUAACUCAAUUAUUUCUUAAUAAUGCUGAUAUAUUUACUACUGAAUUUUCCAAACUAUGUAAAACCAAUGUUGUAUAUUAUACUAUUCAUACUGGUGAUUCCUAUCCUAUUAAACAAUGA